AUGAAUAAGGACGUGUGUAAAAGGUUCAAGAACGUAAGGGAAUGGCUUCCCGAUCAAUUGGACAGCAAGAGAGAGCAUCAAAUUGAUGAUAAGCAUUUCAAUGAAUAUUGUACUAAUAAAUGUAAAGAUCCUCUCGAUAAAAUUAAUGCUGGAUGUUUAUAUUUGCUUAAUGAAUUCUUUCGUGAUUCUUCUGCGUUCGAUGAGGUUGCAAAAAAAAACAUCUAUAUUGUUCAAUACAUUUUAAUAUGGUUAAGUUAUAUGUUAAAUCUGGACAAAAGUGGAGACGAGAACUUUAUAGAGAAUUUUUAUAAUACAUAUAUAAGGAAUGGUAGUAAUUAUACUACUAGUAUAAAAUAUACUGAUGAUUAUACUGAUUAUAAGGAUCUUAUAGAUACAAAUAAAUAUUUUUUAAGUAUGGAUAUGAGCAUUAUAUCUAAAUUAUAUGAUGCAUUUAAUAUAUUAUGUGAUAUAUAUAAUGAGCUUGAUACAAAUGACUCAAAUUGCGAGAAAUGUUCCCAAAAAGCUAAUCAAUUUGUUGAAACAUAUAAAAAAAUUAUCAUAUAUCAUAACACUACUGACGAGAAAUCCCAUUUGCAUGUAGUUUUUACUUUAUUAAUAUAUUAUGAAAAUUUAAAAAAUAGAUGUAAUAUUUUCCCAUCCGCUCCAGAUAUAACACAAAUAAUUUCUGAAGUUACAUCAAGUUCGUCGAUAGCAAGCAAAUUAAUUCCAAUCUUAUCGAUAUUAGUUGCAAUAGCAAUUUUUUUUGGAAUUUCGUAUAAGUAUUCGUUAUUUGGAUUUCGGAAACGAUUUCAAAAACAAAAAUUAAGAGAAAAGCUAAAAAAUAUAAAGAAGAAAAUGGGUCAUUAA